AUGAACGAAAAUGUCGCGAUUCAUACUAAAACGAUCAAUUUCUGCUAUUUGCUAUAGCUUCAUACAGCCGGAUUUUAGAUUACAAAGCAGAAUCACUCAGGCGAGCCUCCAAGCCUGUCGUCCGCCCCGUUGUCAUUAUUCAAAAGCUUGUGAAGCAACUAAAAUGUCAAGUAACGAUAAACUGCUGCCUAGAAUCUUCAAGCACGUAGAUGAGAAUGUGGAGUCUUACAAGCAACUUCUGAAAGAAGCGGUAGCUAUUCCAUCAAUAUCGAGUGAUGCGGCAUACCGCGAUGACUGCGUUCGCAUGGUUCACUGGACGCAGGACAAACUGAAGGAAGUGGGAGCGACCACCGAGCUGCGCGACGUGGGGUUCCAGACUAUCGACGGGAAGCAGGUCAAGCUGCCGCCGGUGCUGGUCUCCGUCCUCGGGAAUGACCCCAAGAAGAACACAAUAUGCAUUUAUGGGCAUUUAGAUGUGCAGCCAGCUCUCAAGUCUGAUGGCUGGUUGUCAGAGCCAUUUGAGCUAGUGGAGAGAGAUGGCAAGCUAUUUGGUAGAGGUUCCACUGAUGACAAGGGCCCUGUACUUGGAUGGCUACAUGCCAUUAAUGCAUACAAAGCUAUUGGAGAAGAGCUUCCAGUAAACCUGAAGUUCAUUUUGGAAUGCAUGGAAGAGUCCGGUUCAGAGGGCCUGGAUGAGCUACUAUUUGAGAAGCUAAAGCCGGAAGGGUUCUUUGACUCUGUGGACUAUGUGUGCAUCUCCGACAACUACUGGCUGGGCACCACAAAGCCAUGCAUCACAUAUGGUCUGCGAGGAAUCAGCUACUACUUUGUAGAAGUGGAAUGUGCAAAGAUGGAUUUGCACAGUGGAGUCUAUGGAGGAACUGUGCAUGAAGCAAUGUCUGACCUUAUUUACUUGAUGAGUGAACUAGUGGACAAGGACGGAAAGAUCUUGAUUACUGACAUGUACAAGUCGGUGGCCCCGAUGACUGAGGAUGAGAAGAAAUUGUACACCUCCAUCGACUUUGAUCCAGUUGCAUACAAGACAUCAAUCGGCGCGCACCAGCUGGCCCACAACGGGGUGAAGGAGCAGCUGCUGAUGCACCGCUGGAGGUACCCCAGCCUGUCGCUGCACGGCAUCGAAGGCGCGGCGUUCCAGCCGGGCGCGAAGACGGUGAUCCCGGGCAAGGUGAUCGGCAAGUUCUCCAUCCGCAUCGUGCCGCACCAGGAGCCGGCGGAAGUGGAGAAACUCGUCAUGGACUACCUCAACAAAAAGUGGGCGGAGCGCGGGUCCCCCAACAAGCUGAAGAUCACGGCGCAGAGCGGGCGCGCGUGGACCGAGGACCCCAGCCACCCGCACUACCAGGCCGCCGCGCGCGCCGUGCGGAUGAUCUUCCAGACGGAGCCGGACAUGUCCCGCGAGGGCGGCUCGAUCCCGGUGACGAUCAGCCUGCAGGAGGCGUCGGCGCGCAACGUGCUGCUGCUGCCCAUGGGCGCCGGCGACGACAUGGCGCACUCGCAGAACGAGAAGCUCAACGUGCGCAACUACAUCGAGGGCAUCAAGCUCUUUGCUGCGUACCUCCAUGAAGUCGGUCUGCUGAAGAAGUAAACAUACACUAUAAGUAUUCAUAUCAUACGUAAUUGCAUUUAUUGUUCAUUGUUAUAUACGUCUUCGGUGCGUAUAAUCGCAAUCUAUACGAGAACAUUACUCUGUGUACAAUAUUCAGUGAAUUCAAUGAUACCAUGAUGCC